UGUUAAGAACUGCUGGCAAAUGCCUUCCCGCCAAUAGUGCGUCGGCCAUUUUGGAAGCGGCGAGGCCCCGCGAACCUGUGGCACCACUCUCUACUCUCGCUGCACAUGUUCCGCCGGUGGACUCCUCGGUUGGAGGGCGUUUGGUCGCCUCAGGCGCUACUAGUGCCAGCCCCGUGGGGCUCCCAGACUCGGGGCACGUCGCCAUGGCUGGAGGGGCAGAUCCAGCGGCAGGUAUUGUGGGCCCUAAUGGGGAACAACUGUCCCUUAAAGAAUUGCAAUGGUUGGGGAAUUUUAUUAGAACCCAAUGCAUGGCUGUGGUUUCCCCCCUGCUUAACCAAGGGCCUCCUCAGGAAUCAUCCAGGGCUCCUUUGCAACCUUCCAACUCUGCUAUCUCAGCAUCUGUGCACAAGGUGCGUUCUAGCCACAGACCCCAGCGUCCCUCAUUUUCAUCCUCCCCGGACUCCAGUCCGGCCAGACACCAUAUUCCUGUUGGGGAGCGAGUGUGGUUUGCGAGACGCUAUAGCCAAAAACGCCUUAGGAGGAACCAUGAUGCUUCUUCAUCCUCAGGUGAGGGGUUCCCUAGAGCAAAGAAACAAUGUGCUGGCGGGGUGUCGGAAGCUGGGGCACCUGAUGUUAAUUCCAGUCUUGGGCUGCCCCCUAGUAAUGCCGCCUCCAUGGGGCCUGUUGGCCGUGGUACUCUGGAGGCUAGGCCUAACCUGGAGCCUUCUAGUACGCUUCCCUCAGUUCCUACCACGGUGAGACUGGAUGGCUCUUCCUCAGAGUCAGAAAGGGAGGAAAGAGAGCUCUCUGACGAGCAAACACCUUCUGAUAAGCCUACUACUGCUAGACUGUUUUCCAUAGCGGAGUUUGAAAUUUUGCUUGCUAAGGUUAAGAGAGCUAUUAAGGAUGUUUCCAAGGAAGAUGGUACACAGGCUGUCCAGGGCUUGGAUCAGGAGGUGUUCCCAUCUACAUCUUCUACCCCGGCCAAAGUGCCUUUCCCCUCCUUGUUCAGGGAGGUUAUGCUUGCGGAAUGGGCCACUCCUGUGUCUUCUAAGCCUGUGUUUCAAAUCCCUAAGAAAUUAUAUACUCUGCCCUCUGAUGUAAUGGACUUGUUAGCUUUUCCAGUUGUAGAUGCUCCUGUGGCGCAAUUGGUGUCCGGAUCCUUGGUCAACAGGGAAGGAGAGGAAUUCCUUAAAUUGCCAGAGGACAAGAAAACCGAUCAUCUGCUCCGCAAGAUCCACAAUGGUUCUGCGACGGUCAUCAGAGCUGCAGCUACAAACUCCAUAUUUGCCAGGGCAACGAUUUUGUGGACUAAAGAAUUAGCUAAGCUGGUACCCCCUGAAAAUCUUAAGCUCCGACAAGGGUUGAAUAAGAUUGCCCAGGCUUCUGCCCUUAUGGCUGACUCUAGCCUAGACUGCCUUCAACAUGCCUCUAGAUCUAUGGCUGCUAAUGUAGCCAUUCGGAGAGGCCUUUGGUUAAAACACUGGAGAGUGGAUGCCAAAUCUAAAGCCUCCUUAGGGGCUACUCCAUUUAAGGGCAGCAAACUUUUCAGGGAAUCUCUAGAACCAGUAUUGGUUGAGACUCAAGACAAGAAGAAGGCUAUGCCUGGUGGUCGCACAGACAACAGGCGUUUCUUUCGGGGGGGUGGAAAUGGCUUCCAGAAUUCCUUUCGUUCAUACCGGCCCUUUACUCGAUUUAACUCCUCAGGUUUCCGAGACGGAUUCAGAGACCGUGAGUUCCGAGGAGGACAGGACAGAUCUAACUGGCGUCAGUCCUGGACCUUCAGAAACAGAGGUACUGGGAGGGGCAGAGCGGGAGGUUUCCCUGCUAAUCAGCCAAAACAGAACCGCAAACAAUGA